AUUAAAGUUCAGAGGUUACUACUUGAGAUAAAAUAAUUCGUAUACAAUAUUUUGCUGAUAAGCUCUGAUCCGGUGUAUCAAAUGUUUGGUAUAUAUAUUCAAAAAAAUAUUUCAAAAACCAAAUUUUCAUCAAAAUGACUUGUAAGAAUCAGUACAUCAUAAUUCCUUUAUUGGUACUUGUUGUAUCGCACUCCAACUGUAUGUCACCAGGAUGCAACUGGAUGGAAAACGAGGAAGAAUGGCAAUGCAAUUCGAUAUCCCUUCAGUCUCCCGAUCCGGAAUUAGCAAAAUUAAAUCCAACUGAAGUUCUUAGUCUAUGUUUAUAUAAAGUUUAUGGAAAUAUUAAUCCAGACUUGUUCACAAAUUUAACUAGUUUAAAGGUACUCUUAUUAUUAGAAACGGAAUUUAAAACUUUUAAAUUUAAGUCAAAUACACUUCAAAGUUUGCAGUUAAUACGAAACAAAUUUCCCAGAGGAUCAAAUAUUAAAAAUUGUUGUUAUAAAUUAGAAAAACUAACACUAAAAAAUAAUACUGGUAUUAGUCUCAAACACGAAGUGCUAUCUAGUUUUAAAAGACUGCGCAGUUUAGAUUUAAUAUUACAAAAAGUGAAACACAUAAAUAAACAUAUAUUCAAGGGCCUGACCAAGUUAAAGAAACUUUCAAUAGUGAACUGUUCAACAGAAACUAUAGCCGAAGAUGCCUUUAGAGACCUUUCUCACCUCCAGGAGCUCUACAUAGAAGAUAACAGCUUGAGACACAUACAUCCAAAAGCAUUCGAACCACUAAAACAGUUAACUUCGCUUAGUAUUUACAGUAACAGAUUACCCCCGUUACCACUUACUACUUUUAGUGAGCAAAAGAGGUUAACUCAAAUUGGUUUACCUACGAAUACGUGGAAAUCCAUAACUGUUGAAGACGUGCCAUAUAUGUUUCCCCGGCUAAAUUUUUUUUCUUACAUGGGUGGAUGGAAAACAGAAGAAGACAAAAUAAAUACCAAGUCAAAUGUUUUCACGAAAUUGACAAAGCUGUUACUGAAAAGGGAUGAAAAUAUAAACUAAAUAAUAGUUAAUUCAGUAUUAAUAGUAAUAGAGUAAAAACAGAGGCUUAUGCUUUUUGUGAUAGUGAGAUAAGUAACAAUAAUGGAAAGUACAAAAAAUAUAAUAGUUAUUUAUGAUAUAAGUGUUAAAAGUACACGUUUAAGGCACGCAUGUGAAAGUUUGCAGAAUGAGCGAUAGCGAGUUCUGCAAUUCACAUGAGUGCCUUUAAAAUGUACUUUUUAACACGCAUAUCAUACAAUAUUUUUUCUACAAACGUAAUUUCAGGACAAUAUCUACAAAGACUUUUACUUGAACUUGACUGACAUUCCAAUUUUAUAUUUUUUUGACAUUACAUCAAAAUUGCAUAUACGGUCAAUACGAACUGCAGUGCCUUAAAGUAGCAUUCUUAACGUUCGUAUGGAGUGCUAAAAAUUGCAUUUUUAACACGGUUGUAGAAAAAAUAGCUUUAAAAAGCUUGAGACUAACAAAUAAAAUCAUUAAAUUAAGUUACCUAUCGAUAUAUUAUAAUUUGUACCUAUUUUAUAAUUUAAAUUAUUUUUAGUUUUAAAGUCCUAUUUAUUUUUUAUAUUAGCUUGUUUUCUUUUUGAAUUUUGUAUAAUACCUACUAUUUUAUAAAAAAAUUUUAAUUUGA